AUGGACUUUUCUCGUCAAUCGCCCACCGUGGGUUACGAGUUCGAAAAGCUUGUCAACAAAGUGAACACACCAAGGGCUAUUAUCGAAAAUGCAUUCGACCAGAACGCUACUUUGAUCAAGGCUUUGAAACCGAAAGAACCCAUUUUAGUGUGUGAUCCAUUUGAGAGAUGUGUGGACGUGGUGCAGUGCACUGCAAAGCACACAAGCAUCGAGCUAUUAGGAAGAGACCGUCCGGGUUUGCUGUCAGAGGUUUUCUCCAUCCUAACAAAUCUAAAGUGCAACAUAGUAGGAGCUGAGGUUUGGACACACAACUUGAGAAUGGCUGCAGUGGUGUACAUCACGGAUGACGAAGACGGGUCGCGGAUAGAUAACCCGGGACGCCUCUCAGAAAUAAAACGUCUUCUUCUCCACGUGCUCAUGAUCAGUAGCAAUAGCAAUCGCGGGGUGAUUGUCUCCAUGGGUGGAGGAUCCACGCACACCCAAAGAAGGUUGCAUCAAAUGAUGUAUGCUGAUCGUGAUUACGACGAACAAUCUCAACCUGCUGCUAUGGUCACUAUUGAGGAGUGCCCGGAAAAGAAGUACAGUGUGGUGGGAGUGAGGUCUCCCGACCGCCCCAAUCUUCUAUUUGACACUGUGUGCACCCUCACUGAUAUGGGCUACGUUGUAUCCCAUGGCACCAUUGACGCCGAAGGCCCCCAUGCUCAACAAGAAUACUACAUAAGGCAUAUGGAUGGUUUUCCUAUUAGCUCAGAAGCAGAAAGAGAGCGUGUAAUUCAGUGCUUGGAAGCAGCAAUUAAGAGGAGAUCAUCAGAGGGAAUAAGACUUGAACUGUGUAGUGAGGAUAGGGUUGGUCUCUUGUCUGAUGUGACUCGCAUAUUCAGAGAACACGGUCUUUCAGUAACUCGAGCUGACGUAAAAACAAUCGGGAUUCAAGCCAUUAAUAUUUUCUAUGUGACCGACGCAUCUGGGUAUCCCGUCACAAAGGAAACCAUUGAGGCAAUUAGGAAAGAAAUAGGGCUCACCGUACUCCGCGUGAAGGAGGACCAUAAUAGCUCCACUACUACUACUACUUCACAAGCUGCAGGGAGGACGAGUGAAGACGUGUAA